GAAAGCGUAGCGGACUUAGCGCAGUUGUUGCGAGCGAGUUCGGAACAGAGAGCCAAGUUGAGCAAAUCCAACGAAACGGAUCGGAGAGUGCAGAAAUCGAAAGCAGCAACGAAAACCACAACACACCGGUCUCGGAUCUAAGUGCGUCCCCGGAUUUUUUUUUUCUCCUGCUGUUGUGUGCGAUUGUUUUGUUGCAAAGACAGUUGAAUCCGCCGCGCAAGGCAAGAAACACAAAGCCCGAGUUCGGGGCCAGCUUCUAGUGUGUGCCUCUUUUUGUGAGUUUAUUUAAAGCAUAUAAAGAAACACUUCUCGACCUUACAAAACGUGCACGUAGACACACUUCCGCUAAAGUCUGGCACAAGCGGUCCGUAGUACAACGUUUUAUUUUACUGAAGUGAAAUAGUACAACACACGCCUGUUUUUUUUCACUACCAUCAUCGUUGAAACUAUUCUUUUACUCACCGAGUCAUACACGGGUUACGUUCAGUGGUAAACGCAGCAAACCAAAUUCUCGUGUCGUGUACGCUUCCGUUUGCCAAUGCAGAGUGACACAUCGGAAUUGGACAAACACCCUUCCAACGCUGCAGCCUGAUUACAGUUUUGCUCCGGCACAGUUAGCUCUCUCUCUGUAUCACUGUUUGCUACCGUAACGUAAAAAUCCAAACCAGUCAAAAAGAACACAAAUUCAAAAUUACAAAAAGACAGCAAAAGAAAAACUAUUCUCGCUUGCCGGCUGCUUUUUAGUGCUAAUCAUUCGCCAACCGAACAGGAUAGCAACAGGAGGAGGAAUAGUACGAAUUCCGAUACGCGCGCCUACUACUACGCGGGAAAGCCGGAACACAACACACAACCGUGAACGCACUGGUACGAGCAUGUCGAGAGAACGGCAAAAUAACAGGAAUAUAUAAGAGCAGUUCGCGUCCGAAUCUCGCGGUUUUUGAAAAGUUAACGUGAAAACAGUGACACACAAUAUUGUUGUCAACGAAAGCAGCCUGGCUGAAGAAGGAAGCUGUUGUCACAAAAAUUCUCGGGGUGUUAAGUGAAAAUCAUUAUUUGCGCCAGCAAAAAAGUAGUGCAUUUUCCAGGGCCAGAAAGAAGCCAGCGCGAUCGUUGCGUAGGUUUUUCGUAGUGUGUGCUUGCAGAAGCUGGAGAUCUUUGUGCCGCCACAAGGCAGCCGUACGCCAAUAGUAGUAGCAGUAGCAGUUGGUAGGCAAAAUAUAAGUGUGCCACACGACGUACGCACCCGAGCAGCAGCGGCCUCACCGAUCAGCGCACCAUUAUUCUUUCCGUAAUACCAGUAGUGGUCGAAAAAGUUACUCGAAAAGUGCUUAUUUUAACCAAUGCGAGUGCGCGCAUCCUUUGCAUCUCUCGUGUAUUUAGUGCUUUGGCGUGUAUCGAAUAGGAGUGAACGACGCGCACACGUUGUGUCGGAGUGAAACAUCCUUCGAUUCGAAACCACGAAGGUGCAAAAGUGUUGAAGAAGCAAGAAGAGAAAAAUCAACCUCACAACAAAAAGAAGCGCUCCUCGGUGGUGUCGAUUCUAGCGUCGAAUAAAAAACCAACGCGCACGUGUGGAGGUAUCUUUUUCUCCAGUCCCUUGGUUUGUUACCUAGUCGAAUGUGUGCAAAUUUGGCGUCAAAGUGUGUACAGCAACUAAAGGGUAACGAUUGCUAGAUCAUCGUAAAUUCGGAACACUCUGGGCACAACGACACGCAUAAAGGCAGGCUAGGGAACAGAUCAUCAAGUCCGCCAGAGUCCGGACCACAACGAGAGCAGAGUGCGUAACCACAGCAACAUGUCUACUGCGAUAAUGCACAGCACGGCACUCUACGACUUUGGAGAGUAUCCGCGAAAGAACCAAACGAACUCCUCCCGCAGCAACACGCAGCUGGUUGGCGGCGGUGGUGGUGGCGGUAUUGGCAGUGGCAACAGCAACAACCAGCUCGCCGGCGCAACCGGCGCACCCUCGAACGGAAGCAACAGCCCACUGCUGCUGUCACAGGGCUUCAGCGUGGCGAUGGGUGCUACCAGCAACGGCUUCACCGGCAGCAACGCCACCAUGCUCAACCCAAGCACCCAGCAGACACUGAGCCAUAGCCAGCAACAGCAGCUGCAGCAUCAGACGUUCGGGUACCAGCUCCAGAAACAACCGGCUGCUUCGCACAAGCAGCAACAACCAUCGCAUGGGCUCGGUACGCACAACGCCCUGCACCGCAGCGUGUCGCAGCCGGCCGCCAAGCCCACCUACGCUAACAUCAUGGAGCUGCUGAAGCUCUCCGGCGUGCAGUCGGUGCUGAACUGCGACAUGGGCAGCGCUGUGGCCACCGCUGCAGCCGCCAACAACAACGGCAACGCCAGCAGCAGCAACAGCAGCACCAGCAGCACCAGCAGCAGUAGCAGCAGCAGUGCCAGCUCCAUCAACAGCAACAGCGGCAACAACGGUCACCAUCACCACCACCACGCCAACAACACUUCCUCCUCCUCCGGCCACCGGAAGUUGGAACGAACGCAGUCCGAGCCACUGCCGCAGCAAGUUAACACCUCGAGAUAUAAAACCGAACUCUGCCGACCAUAUGAGGAGGCUGGCGAGUGCAAGUAUGGCGACAAGUGCCAGUUUGCGCACGGCAUGCAGGAGCUUCGCAACCUGCAGCGUCACCCGAAGUACAAGACCGAGCUGUGCCGCACGUUCCAUAGCGUGGGCUUCUGCCCGUACGGGCCCCGCUGCCACUUUGUGCACAACGCCGAGGAGGCGCGCAACCACAACCGCAACGUGGCCGCCUACCACGCGCGCCUCGCGGCGGCAGCCGCCGUCGCCAACGGCUCGCAGUCGGCCAAGAAUCAUCAUCAUCAACAACAACAGCAGCAGCAGCAGCAGCAGCAGCAGCAGCAGCAACAACAACAACAACAGCAACUCCAGGAAGUUGCCUCCCAGUCCCAGCAGCAACAGCAGCAACAGCACGCCGGCGGGCUUGUUGGUGGCGUAUCGGUGGCUCAGCUUCAGACGGUGGCUGCUCUCCUGCAGCAGCACCAUCAACAUCAGCAACAGCAGCAACAGUUGCACCAGCACAACACCCACCAGCAGCUCCAGCACCAGCUGCCCAUGAGCCCGGCGCUCUCGAUGUCCACCGGCUCGGACCGGGCGUCGCCGAUCGGUUCGCUGUCGCUCAGCAGGACCACCUCGAUGACCAGCUUCUUCCCGGAAGCGAGCAGCCCGACAUUCCAGCAGGCUGCCGUACAGCACGCGUUCAACUUCCCCAGUAGCCCCCCGGCCAGCCCGAUCGACGGGCUGUCGCCGAUGGCCACUCCGCCUCCGUCGUCGCCCUCGCUGACCGCCAUGAAGCUGGGAGGAUCGAUGGUUCUCGGCGGUGGAGGUGCGGUCUCGGGGCUCGAGGACCGACUGCCGGUGUUCAAUCGGCUCAGUUCCGCCAUGGAUGCCUUCACUAACCUCGCAUUGUAAGGAGGAGAAGAAGAAGCGUUGAAGAAAAUGAGAAGACACACACGACAAACAGAAGUAGAACGAGAGAGGAGCCAGCCCUAUACCAGGAACAUCCCAGGUAUGCGCUUUAGAACAUCGUAAUACAGCCACACCAACCCUUUGACGAGCUGCUGACUUGGGGGAAGCUGACCGCAGCUCUUUCCCCCAUGUUUCCGGCGAGAAGUGUGUGCCCUAAUGUGGGAGUGUAUGUGUGUGCCUUGUGACUCUUCCCCUCCCCCCUCUCCUUCCCACCCAAGGAGGCGGGAUGUCCGAUAUUUUCUUGAUCUUAUGUGAGCUUAUCUGGGAUAGCGUUUGUAAGUUUAUAUAAUUAUGCAACGGAACGGAACUGAUAUGCACCACCACUGUUAAACGAGGGGGGAAACGUGUUACGCACAUGAGACAAAAAGCGCGCACACAUAUCAAGGGUCUCUUUUUUCCCGGUGCACGAAAAUGAACUUGGUCGUGGAGUUAUUAUUUUUUGCGAUAUGUAUAUUUAUAUUUAAAAGAAACAGAGUAAAACGAAACUUCGAACGAGAGCACUGGCGUUGCGUUGCGGGAAAAAAGACGGUAAUGGGAUAGAUAGAUAGGAGAUGAUAACACUGAGAGCGAAAUCAACGAAGAAUGUGAGUUAAAAGGAGGGAUAAUAUUUAUUGAUUCGAUUGGUGUAGCACUAUGAUUUAGUAGUGAUAUGCAUACAAUUUUUUGUCUUAUUCAUUUUCUUAUGUGAUUUAAAUGGUACGUUUUUUUCUUCGAUAGUAAUAUUAUAUUUGAUUUUUUUUAUUAACAAACUAUUACUGUAAUUACUAUAACCAGCCUGCGUUCCGCUUCGCCAAACAAGGUGCAUUCGCGGAUGAGGGUGUGACAAGGAAAACGAAUGAAAUAUUACGCAAAGUGAGGUAGGUUUUCAUAGGAGCUUGCGUGUGAAUAAAUCAGACACAUAGGCCGCAAGAGCAAGUUCAUAAAUGAAUUGAUGAAAAAACCCGCAAGACCGAGAAGAUCAUGUUUUACGAUGAUAAAGAUUGAUUGCCAAAUAGAACAGGAUUAAUUUACCGCCCCGAACCAAGUUUAGAAAACACAUAACGCAACAAGCUAUAGAGAGCGCAGGAAAUGUCUCUAACUAUGCUAUACUACUAUUGAUGGAACAGCAACCACUACUACAACAACUACGAUUAAUAUUAUUAUUAUUAUUAUUAUUAUUGCGUGAAAACAUAUGUUAUAGUCGCUACAACCCA